AAAAUUUAAAAAUCAAGGAUGACCUUUCUAGAAUGGCGUCGUUUUAAUUUUUUUGAUCUUAAGAAGGAUGUUGAUUCUGGGAAAAUCGUAGAAAUUCUUGGUGAAGCACGAAUCAUAGCAGGAACAAGUGGAAACGGACACUUGGUGUUUGGAGAUAAUAAUGGAAAUAUACAUUUAGUCAAUAGACAAUAUGAAAUAACUACGUUUAAAGCAUAUGAAACUAGUUUAACUGCAGCUCAACAAGUACAAAAUUCUAUAUUUCUCUUCACAAUCGGAGAAGAUGAAACUGGAUGUAAUCCAACCAUUAAAGUAUGGAAUUUAAUAAAAAAAGAUAAACAAGGAUUUCCUACCUGUGUACGCAUCAGUAGAGCUGUACCUAGCUAUAGAGCAAUACCUGCAAACGUAUUAUGUGUUCACUCAAGUUUAACAUUAAUGGCUGUUGGAUUUGAAGAUGGUUCUAUUAUGCUUUAUAGAGGUGAUUUGACACGUGAAAGAAAGAACAAAAUAAAAAUUUUAAAAGAUAGUAAUUCAGCAAUAACUGGCCUUGCAAUAAAAUCAACAUGUAAACAAAUGUAUUUAUUUGUAGCAACUGUUAACAGUGUUUAUAUAUAUAAUAUAACAAUUAAAGAUAAAGAAUUCAAAUCCGUUUUGGAUAAUAUGGGUUGUCCAAGAAAAUGCAGUGUUCUUGCAGAAUCAAAACAAGACAACCAUUUUAUGAUUGGUCGAAAUGAUGCUGUCUAUUGUUAUACUCCAGAUGGUAGAGGGCCAUGUUAUGCAGUAGAAGGCCAAAAAGUAAUGUUAGAAUGGUUUAGAAAUUAUUUAGUUAUAGUUGCUAAAGACACAGGAAUUGUACCUAGAACAACUACUAUUUCUACAAAACCAAGUUCUAUAGAACCAAUACCUCCAGGAGCUGAUAAGCACAUUAUUACAGUUCUUGAUAUUCAAAAUAAAUUUAUUGUUUUUUCUGCUACCAUGUUAUCUAUUCAAGCAGUUUUAUCAGAAUGGGGGGGCUUUUUCAUACUGAGUGGAGAUUGUAAAUUGUAUCAUUUAGAUGAAAAGGAUUUACAGUCAAAAUUGACAUCACUUUUUAAGAAAAAUUUAUAUGAUGUUUCUAUUAGAAUAGCUAAGAAUCACCAUUAUGAUAUUGAAGGUCUUGUUGAUAUAUUUCGUCAAUAUGGUGAUCACCUAUAUUCUAAAGGUGAUCAUAAUGGCGCCAUAGAACAAUACAUAAAAACAAUAGGAAAACUAGAACCAUCUUAUAUUAUUAGAAAAUUUUUAGAUUCACAGCAUAUAGACUAUUUAACUACAUAUCUUCAAGCUUUACAUAAACAAAGUCAAGCUACUGAAGAUCAUACAACAUUAUUAUUAAAUUGUUAUACAAAACUUAAUCACACAGAUAAAUUGAAAGAAUUCAUAAUGACAAAAGAUCGUGAAAUCGAUUUUGAUGUUGAAAUUGCUAUAAAAGUUUGUCGACAAAGUUCUCCUCCGGAUGCAUUGUUAUUAGCUCAAAUGCAUAAAAAGCAUGGGUGGUACCUUCGUAUCCAAAUAGAAGAUAAAUUGGAAUACAAAAAAGCUUUAGAAUAUAUAGCUACUUUAGAUUUUGAAGAAGCUGAAAUGAAUAUGAAAAAAUAUGGAAAUAUUCUUAUUGAAAAUAUUCCUAAUGAAGCAACACAAUUUUUAAAAUAUCUUUGUACAAAUUAUAAACCAACAAAUAAAUCAUUAUAUAAGGAACAAUCAAUUGGACAAGCUAACCCUGAAGACUAUAUACAUUUAUUUUUGAAAAAUUCUGAACGACUUGUAGAAUUUUUGGAAUAUUUAAUUAAAACCGAUAGCAAAUGGAGUACACCAGUAUACAAUACUCUAGUUGAACAUUAUUUACAUGUUUGGUCUUCUUUAAUAGAAGAUAUUGCAAAAUUAAAAUAUGAGCAAAAUGUUGUACGUUUAUUACAAAGUUCAAAUGCAUGUUAUAGCAAGGAUCAAAUAUUAAUAUUAUGUCAUCAACAUAAUUUUGGACGAGGAGUGUUGUAUCUAUACGAAGAAAGGAAAUUAUAUCAAGAAAUAUUGCAAUAUCACUUACGUGAAGGAGAUAUUGAUCAAGUUUUAGCUACGUGUAAUAAGUUUGGUCGUCAAGAUCCAAAUUUAUGGAUUCAAACAUUAUGGAGUAUAGUAAGAAAUCAAAAUACACCUCCUAAAUUUUUAUCUGAUAUUCUUGAUUAUAUUGCUAACGAAAAAUUAUUAUCACCGUUAAUGGUAAUUGAUGCACUUUCAACAUCGUUGACAUGUACUUUAGGAGAUGUUCGAAAUUAUUUAAAUAGUGUAUUACGACAAGAAUACGAACAAGUCCAAGUUGAUACUGAAUUAACAGAAAAAUAUCGACUAGAUACUAAAAAAUUAAGAGAACUAAUACAAAGUAUAAAAAACAGUACAAUUAUUUUUCAAGGAUCAAGGUGUAGUGCUUGUCAUCAUCAGCUAGAAUUACCGUCAGUACACUUUAUGUGUCAACAUUCUUAUCAUCAACAUUGUUUUCAAAGCUUCUCAGAAAAUGAAAAUGAAUGCCCAGCUUGUAUGCCAAAUAAUAAAAAGUGGUUAGAUAUUAUUAGAGUUCAAGAACAAUCAAAAGACCUUCAUGAAACUUUUCAUAGUCUUUUAGACAGAGCAGAAGACCCUUUUUCAUUAGUUGCAGAUUAUUUUGGUCGUGGAGUUUUCAAAAAACUUAUGGUUAUUGCAGAAUGGCAACAACCACAAAUUAUAGAAUUGAUUAAUCAAGAACAAAAGUUAAAAUAUAAUGACUAUGAACUUGAUGUAGAAACUAAGAUUCGAUUAACUAAAGGAAAACAUAUUAAACCGAAAGAAAAGACCAAAACUGAUUUAUUUUCAUCUCAGCCAUUAACUGAGGAUUUACUGCAUGUAGUAAAUAAAACAAAUAUCUAUAAUUCACCAUUAGAAGCUAAUAUAAUUGGAAGUGGUUUUUCAACAACUCAAGCCAUUUUAAAAAGAGAGUCUUCAAUACUUAUUCCUGAAGCUAAAAUUGUAAAUAAUGUAAUAUCAAAAUCUUCACUAGCUGAAAAAGUAUUCAUUCCACCUAAAAUAUCAAUUAUUCCAUCAAAUCCUUUUAAGAGUGAUUAUGAUGAAUCUAAAAAUCCAUUUUCUGAAGAUUACAAAGAUGAUAAAAAUAACCCAUUUGAAGGUAGCUAUGGCGACUAGUAAAAAAUAAAAUUAUUUCUUGUGAAAUUGAUUCAUUAAAAAUUUGUGCAUACAUAAUACA